AUGCGCAUAUUUCAUUUUCCUGUUGGAGAGUCCACAGUUACAUUACAAGAUAUGGCUAUUCUAUUUGGCCUACCGGUUGACGGACACACAGUCACUGGAAAAGACCUAGGAAAUAAGUUGGAUGAUUUGAUAGCGCUAUGUGUGGAGUUAUUAGGAGCAGCACCUACACAAGAAGACUUCAUAGGAUCAUCGCUUAAGUUGAAAUGGAUAUCAGAGCAUUUCCGUCACCUUCCACAUGAUGCAUCCGAUGAGACGGUUCAUCAUUAUGCUCGAACCUAUAUUAUGUGGCUUAUUGGGGGGGUGCUCGUCCCCGAUAAGUCACAAAAUAUAGUGAAGAUGAUGUUUUUGCCACUACUUAGAGACUUUGACCGUAUCCAAGAGUACAGCUGGGGUGGUGCCACAUUGGCAUGUUUGUACAGGAUGUUGUGUCGGGCAACUAAGGCUGAUACAAAGGAGAUAGCUGGCCCACUUGUGUUGUUACAAGUUUGGGCGUGGGAGAGAUUGAGCAGGAUCGCCCCUAGUCGGAAGUCGAACAUUGCUGCUGGCGAGCGUGCCAUAGGGGAGGGUGACCAGUUGUUACCACAUGGCCUGCGAGCUUGCAGGUGGAGGGUUCCCUUCAGCCAUGAGUUCAUAUGGGAGCCUUACGGGAUGGAGGAUGACAUCAUGACCAGCUUCCCAUCAUAUUGUACCGUUGGUCGAGACAUAUGGAUGGCACAAGUGCCACUUAUAUGCUUCGAUAUCAUUGACUGA